GUGCCAGAGAAGCGGCGGUGUCGGAUGUGGAGAGACGCCUCCUCCUCCUCCUCCCCCGCCUCCUCGCCUCACUGCAAGGGGGUGGCCCUUGGAAACACCUCUCCUUUUAACAUACAGGCUAUAAAUACGGCUCGGAGCAUGGGAGCCCGGCGAGAGGAGGAGGCGGAGGCCAGGCAGCCCUGGCAGCGGAGGAGGCACACCAGCGGUCUUUUGCAACUGAGGAGGAGCGGAGAAGGAAGGGGAAAUGAGCAUAAUAAGACUGUAAUAAUAGCAAUAUUUUUUUAAACAGUCCAUCUGUGAAGUGAGGUGAAGAAGAAGGAGGAAAACAAUCCAAGGGGGCAAAAAACCACCCCAUUUUUGAAGAAGGAAAAAAGAUAUCAAUCUGUGAAGAAGAGGGAAAAAAAUCUGGGAAGUGAAGGGAAAUAUAUAUAUAUAUAUCUACUUAUAUCAGUCUGUGAGACUUGGGAAGCUCUGAAUCAAUAGCUCACCCUUUGGAGGGAGGAAUAGCCGGAUCCACUUUCUUGCUUUCUUGCUUUGCUAGAGAAACAGAGAAGCAAAAUAAAAGGAGAGGAGGAGAAAAGCUCGUGUAUGUGUAUCCUCCCUGGGCGUGCUUCCUUCCUUCCUUCCUUGCUUGCUUGGUAGUGUUGCUCCUUCGCCUCCUAUCCUCUUGCAAAGCCGCCAGACCGGUUCCCUGCCAGGAUGAUGCAAAUCUGCGACUCCUACAGCCAAAAGCACUCCCUCUUCAAUGCCAUGAACCGCUUCAUCGGGGCAGUGAACAACAUGGACCAGACAGUGAUGGUGCCCAGCCUCCUACGAGAUGUCCCCCUUUUGCUGGAGGAGCUGGACUCAGGCGGCGUUGGUGGAGGAGGGGGCGGUGUUGGGGAGAGGGAAGCCCCCUUGGCCCCCAAUGGGGCUGCCUAUUGCUCCUGCCGGGACAUGUACAGCCACUAUGUCCUCCUCAAGUCCAUCCGCAAUGACAUCGAGUGGGGGGUCUUGCAGCCGGCCAGUGAGGAGGCGGCUGGGCGCAAGAAGGACAAGCUGGGUGGGGGUCCCGGGGCUGUGGACCUCACCCGGGCGAUCCCUGAGGACCAGGAGGUGGAGGAGGACCUGGAGAAGCAGUUCCACUACCACUUGAGCGGACUCCACACAGUCCUCUCCAAACUCACCCGCAAGGCCAACGUGCUCACCAACCGAUACAAGCAGGAGAUUGGGGUCAGCACCUGGGGCCACUGAACUACUGCCAGGGAGGGGAGGGCAUUACUGGGGGGGGGAAGACUUGCCCUCCUGCUCUCCUCCCUGCCUGCUUGCCACCCUCUUGAGGGAGUCAGGAAGAGUGGUGGGGGGAAGGAGGAGGAGUUCGGGAAGGGCUAGGGGGAAAUGUUAGCAACUGAGAGGUGUGUGUUUGUGUGAAUGAGUGGAUUGUGCAUAUGUCUGUGUAUAUGGGGAGGGGGUUGCUAUUCUGUGAUCUGGAAGAAGGAAUUAGGGUGGAGAAGACCAUUGCAAUAAGGUCAGUUGUGAGAUUCAGAGAGUGAGUCAAAAUGAUGUGACUCCAGGAGCAUGGGAUACAAAGAGGACAUUAUUUUUUUCAUGCUAAACACAUCCUGUGGCAUUUUGCUGUUGGCAGCUGUGGAUGUUCAGGGAGAGACAGGGCGAUGCGCUCUGCCAAAGUGUAAGUGAGCAUAAUUAGGUGGCCAAGGGUAAAGAGAGCAAAUUUUGAGGACACUGGUAUGGCACCGUAUGACGUGCAGAUGCCCUGAAAGAGUGUGGUUGUAGUCACUGGAAAGCUGUGUGCACAUGCGUGUGGUGGCGGCGGCGGCGGCAAUAGUAGUGGCAAUUGCAUCACUCUUUUCCUGUUUUUGCACUACUUUUGUAAUAUUAAUAUGUAUGUAUAUAAAGCCCAAGAAUUACCUUCUCUGCAUGCUCUUAGAACUGUAGGGUUCUUGUUUUUUUAUCAACGCACAAAGAUGAACAUUCAUCAAUACAAGUUAAAAACCUUUUUCUUUUUUACAAGGAGGGUGAACAGUUUUUGUUCCCCCUUAAAUAAAGGCACUUUCCCUAUUAUGUACAACUGGUUAAUAUGAAUCUGCAACUGUGCCACUGAAGAACUAUUUAUAUUUUGUUGCAGAGGAUGGAACCAGUUCUCUAAUAUGUAUCCAUGCUUCAAUGGAAGGGGAGAGGGUCUCACUGUUGUACAUGCAUUGAGAAUUAUUUAAAACUUUUUUUAUUCAGAUGUAGAGUAUAUUCUAAAAUAAAACAGCAAAUAUAUUGACUGAAAUGGAUGUAGCUGUUUUUAUACUGUGCCUCUACUUGAAUUAAAUGGUAACAUUUACAAUACACAGAUUUUAGACAUGAUGCAAUUUUUCAAGCCAUUGUGAAAAGAAGGGCUUCAUCCACUCCAAUACAGGAGCAGUAUUUGCAGGAGUAACAGCCCUGUGUUCCUCACUUGCUCCUUCCCCCUGUGAGACUGCCACUAUGUCUUUUUUUUACUGUUUUAAUAGUACAUUUAUAUAUUAUCUUUCUUUCAUUUGCCAUGGAAUUCAAGGUGAUGUGUCAGGGGACAUCCCAGGCAUUAUCCAUAUCCAGACCUGCUGUGCCUCAGCAAAAUGGCAACAACAUGCAUACUCAGGCCAUCCCCUCUCCUGUAUGAAGGGCUGUGAACUUAAAGAGUUCAGUUAUGCCCUUUGGGAAUCCCACCAUGUAUGGCUGCUACACCCCUGGGAGAUUGAAAUGAGUUUACUGAGUAUAAUCCAGCAUGUUUUUUAAAAAAUGUAAAUGACAAUUUAUCCACAUGUAUGACUGCUGUGCCCAUGGUAAACUGGGUAAGGGAAAAGUACUUGUAUUUAUAGUACAAGCUCAUAAAAGCAGUUCAAAGUGAUGCUUUUAAAAUAACAUAUACAGGUACUUAAAAGACAAAGUACCUCAACAAAGUGCUGCUCCCACCCCCACAAAAGUCAGCAGUUUGACCCAGUGCAAGAUGUUUAUACAGCAUAUGGAUAUACAUCACAAUAUUUUUAAAAAGCAAAUUAUUUUUUUUAAAUAUGCCUUACAAGUAAUCAGAUUUAAUUUACCAGAAUUAUACAAGUGAUGUAUUUUAUUGGGGUGAGUGUUUCCAUGCUGAAGUUUUGGAAUAUUUCCAUUCUGUGUAGGAUUUUCUAAUUUAAAUCAGGAUAUGUUUUCUUGAAUUUUGUACUUGAAAUAAUGCUAAAAUAGAAAUUAUAUGAAUAAGGACAUAUGUUUUCCUGUUAUUUCUGAACACAAACAUACAUGCAGUCCAGUGUAACUGUAUUUAUACAUAGCCUAUUUAAUCCACAAUCCUCUUAAACCUUCUUUUCACAACUAAGUUGUUGAUUGGUCCAUUUCAAGGUUACAGUUAAAGCUUCAAAUCUUGCACUUUUAAAACCAAAAAUACCCUAUAAUGAUGUAAACCCUUUAAACCCUUGUCCAGCCAGAUUUUUAAAAAAUUCCACUGAGUGCCUUAAUCUGGAAUAUUUUUUGUUCCCAAUGAGAAUUGCAGUGUAUUGCUUAAUAUGAAAAAGUCCCACAUCCACAGGAGUGUUUGUGGAUACAGAAUCAAGGAUAUUUCCUCAGUACCCACAUCCCCAGAGUUAGGAAAUGCAUGAUCAUCAGAGGUGGAGCAUUUGUUCUGAGUAGCUGCCAGCCCUGGUUUUCUUUCUCUGCCCCUCCUUGUUCAUUUCCUUCUUUUCUCUAGAAAAAACAACAACCUGUAACCAACACAAAUGCCACAUAUAUACUGAGAUAAAUUAAUUCCACCUAUUUUUUUGUCUCAACAAAACAAAAUCAGCAUCUGUACAUGACUGUUAGCUGUUAAAUUGGGGAUGUGGUGGGUGUCAGGUGACAAUGCAGUAAUAAAAAGAUUGCCUUGUAGGUAUAGUUCUGUGUGAAUUCUGCAACAAAAUAUGAUUUUGGGGGACCAAAAUGUCUCAUUUGCCUGAAGAGGAAUUAAGCUGCAAAUGUAUAAAUACUUUAGACAUUUGGUUAUAAAUAUUUUCCUGUCUUCUGAUUCAAUAGCAUGCUGAGGCCUAUGAAUUUCUCACUACUCUGGAUUGCAUUUUAAAUUGCGAAGGGGGUGGGGGGAAAUGUGAAAGACAUAAUCCACCCAAAGUUUAGCAUUCAUACUUGUGGGAAGGGUAAAACUUUUAUUGUUUACUUUCAAAAAUUCAGUUGUACAUCUGUUUAAAAAUAUAAUGAUUUGAAAUGAAAUUUGCAAUUAAUGCAAGGAAAGUUGUUAAGGGUUUCUUUACAAUUCCUUUAAUAACUUAACGAUGGCUGCUUUUCAUUUCAUGGACACAGUAAGUCUCAAACUUCUUGGCAUCUACUAGAAACUGGAGGCUUAAGCACAACACCUAGAGGACACCUGUUGAGUCAAUUGCUGAUAAGUCCACUCAUAAAAUCUCAUUUAUUAAACGGGUCUAUUCUGAUUGGGACUAACAGACAUAUACCGACAAAAUAACAAAGCACUGGGAUUCAGGAGAUUGUGUAAUGUAUGUCAUCUGGAUUUUGGUACUCUUUUUAAUUGACAUUCUCAUUGGGCAUCCAGGAUCAUGUGAAGCAGUUCUAUGUCCCUAGCCCAGGCUAUGUAGCCAGUAAUAAGUUUUCAUGCAUCUUAUACUACAAUGGUUCUCAGAUUGUGGGAUGUGGGGGCAUGAGAGUUGCACAAAAGGUGUAUGAGAGAGACUUGGAGGCCCUGAUCCCUCCUCCUCCUCCUCUUCCCAAACAUUUUACGUGUAAAAUUUACACAUGUGAUGAAUUAAAUAUUGAAUUUACUUAAAUAAAGCUGUUCUAAUUUGAAUGAUGUUAUUUCCUUAUAACAUUUUAAAAAAUGAAUGCACACGAGAGUGUGAAUGCGAAUACAUGCAGUAAAUAAAAUAUUUUUAUUCAUAUACUA